UUCCACCCUCGCUCUCCCCCCCAUCGGCCUCAUCCACCAUCAAUCUACCCGCCACCCCCGCCUCCCUCUGGACCGUGGGCCACCCCUCCCCCUCCCCUCUCCCUCCCGCGCGUCGACGCCCGUCCUCGCCGCCGCCCCUGCUCCCCAACCCCCGCCAUUCACCAGCGCCCCCAAAGUCCGAGCGAGACAGACGGGGGAGCGGGAGAGGGAGGGGAGAGCGGCGGCGAGCAGCCAGCUCCGACCCCGCAGGCCCGGUCGCCGGCGGCCGUGCCCCGCCGUCCCCCGUCCCGCUGGCCGGCGGGCCCCGCCUCCUCGCCUCCGGGAGCUUCUGCUGCUGCUGAUAGUACUGUGUGGGGAGGGGCCGCAUUGGGUGCCUGCGGCGGAUUAGGAGGGGAUUCGUCGCUUACUCCACCCGCGAAUCCGCGGAAUCCGCGCGGGCGCCAGGGGGAGCGAGCGGCGGCGGUCCUCGGUAGUCACAUAGUUGCCCUAUUUCUCCUCUCUGCAAACAUAUGUGAUAAUGGACAACCUUGGACAUAGGGAAAAUGGGAGGCAAAGGCCAGACCCAUAUAAAGCACUUCAUACUCAGUGGAUGAUGCCCCAAAGGCAAAUGAAAGACCACCACAGCAUGAACCUCCUAGCACUAAUGAGUGAGAGGGACACCGCCAUCAUGGAGAGAGACCAUGCUCUGGCUGAGAAGAAAGCUGCCAUGGCUGAGAGAGACAUGGCGUUUGCCCAGCGGGACUCUGCAAUGGCUGAACGGAAUGCUGCAAUCAUCGAACGAGACAAUGCCCUUGCCGCACUUGAACUGGCCCGUACAAAUGGAUUUAAUAUGAAUAACGGGACCGGAUUCAACCCAGGAUCUCUCAAUGGAGCAAAGAACUUCCACCACCAGGACCAGCAGCCCCAUGCUCAAUCAUCGCCACUGCAACUGGCAGAUUCUCCAUAUGACCAUGCGAGGGAAAUGCACAUAUCAGACGCAUACCCGAUCUCAACAGCCCCGGUGAGUGCUGCUGGAAAGGCAAAGAAGCCCAAGAAGAACAGUUCCCAAGCAUCUCCACUGAAGAGGCCGUCAGGCGUGCUCCGGAAAACCAAGAAAGCCGGCGGUGACUGGAGAGACGCCGGAAUGUCUGGUGUCGGGGAGGAUCCAGCUCGCGCCGCUUCUGAGAUGAAGAACGAGUGGAAGGACCAAGACCUUGGUCUGAACCAGGUCUCAUUCGACGAGUCGUCCAUGCCCGCGCCUGCCUGCUCGUGCACGGGGGUCCUCCGGCAGUGCUACAAGUGGGGCAACGGCGGGUGGCAGUCGUCCUGCUGCACCAUGAGCAUGUCCAUGUACCCGCUCCCGGUGAUGCCCAACAAGCGCCACGCGCGCAUGGGCGGACGGAAGAUGAGCGGCAGCGCGUUCACCAAGCUGCUCAGCCGACUAGCGGCUGAGGGCCACGAUCUCUCGGCGUCGGUGGACCUCAAGGACCACUGGGCCAAGCAUGGCACAAACAGGUACAUCACCAUCCGGUAGCUCUGCUGCUUCUGUUCAACAUGUAAGGAGGGGUAUGCGGCAAAGGUCCUAUAAUCUCCUUGCUGGGGUUGGACGGGUCAUCAUCUCUGUAAUGUCAUUGAGGGAUGUAGGCUAGAAUUCUGUGUAGGUCCUCCUCCCUUUCUGAACCCCGAGUCGCGCUGGACAGUGGAAAUGUAAUUUUAGCAACCCCAGGUAUUCGUCGUCGAUUCACUGUAUAGUUUUGACUACUAGAUUUAAUUGGCAGUAGGCGUUUCUUGCUU